GAUGUCGUUUCAAUGGCAAGCAACGGCAUACGUGUAGAGCUUCUGCAAUAGCGAUCCUAGAGGAUCUGUGCUGCUGCUGGGGGUGCUGAAGUUUGGGCAACGACGAAGCCGAUUAUCUGGUCCAUCGACCGAUCAUGGAAGGUAAAGUCAGUGUCUUGCCUAAAAACGACGGGAAACAAAUGGGACAUCAAGAGGCGAAGGUGGUUGUUCAGGAAGAAAUGAAACGAGUUCAACAGCUUCCUUCUAACAGCACCUAUGCUACUCAUCGGAUGCGGGUUUUAAACAAAAUUCUGCAGCUUUUAUCAAUUCAGAGAACUGCAUCACAGGAAGAAGAACUGGAGUUGCUGUUUGCUGGGCUGUCUCUGUGAUCAAUACUAGCUUGUGAAUGGUGGGUACAAGUUAACUUCUCUAUACAAGUAAAAUUACAGAAGGUAGGGUUGCUAGGCUUUCUCGUUGGUUGCCCGGUGUGGUAUAUGAUUCUGUAUCAAUAUCCUUAAAUGUUUUAAGUUGCAAAACGAACUUUCAGUGUGAUUAUCCUAUAUUCUUGGUUUCUUUCACUUU